GAGAGACCGUAAAACCCUAAUUCCCAAAUCUUUCACCGAAGCACACACACACAGAGAGAGAAAUGGGAAGCGACAGUGAAGGUGAGAAAUCGGUGCAGAGGAAGAAGAUGCAGGCUCUAGCCCCCAUUGCUAAACCUCUUGCUGGGAAGAAGCUCUCCAAGAAAACACUCAAGCUUGUUAAAAGAGCUGCUGAAAACAAGUGCAUAAAGAGAGGAGUUAAGGAGGUGGUUAAAAGUAUAAGGCGAGGUCAAAAAGGAGUGUGUAUUAUAGCUGGGAACAUAUCGCCUAUUGAUGUCAUCACUCAUGUUCCGAUUUUAUGCGAGGAUAAGGACAUUCCAUAUGUAUAUGUCUCAUCUAAAGAAGACCUUGCAACGGCAGGAGCAACGAAGAGGCCAACUUGUUGUGUUUUAGUGAUGACCAAGCCUUCAAAGGGUGAACUAUCUCAAGAGGUACAAGAGAAACUAAAGUCAGAGUAUGAUCAAGUUGCAUCAGAGUGUAGAGAGCUUCAGUCUACACUUUUUUGAAACAAACGCAAAUGUAUUUGUACUGUGUUUUUGGCUACAAUGGAUUAACAUAUUGGCAAUGUAACUUGCAAUCAUUUUGAUCUAUGGAUAAUGAUCUUUCUAUUUCCUUAUUAUGAAGGGUGUUGCUUGCUUAUCUUUUGAUCA